AGUCUUUGGAGUUGAGUCACAGACAGGCCAGCGCGGUUCAAGUCGCUCCUUUUUCUCAUCCUCGGAGGCAGGGAGCGCGGUCGAGAGAUGCUGCCUUUGGGAGCCGUCCUGGUGGGGCUUUUCCCCUUCCUGUGCAGGAUAGCCUCGGGAGAGCCGGUUCCAGCUUCCGUGUGCCCAGGAGGCCAGUCUUGGAGCCCGGACCUGGAGAAAUGCAUGGACUGCUCUGUCUGCCAGCGUCAAAACAAGAAUGACUUUUGCACCACAUGCGGAGACCCUCAACUCCCAGACAACUUCAAUAUGUGGCUUCUGGUGGGAGCUUCUCUGGGCGCCUUAACUCUGGCGGUUUUGAUAGGCGGCAUCAUAAUCUACGCCCGCUGCCGACGGCGGGAGAAAUUCACCACACCAAUUGAAGAGACUGGAGGCCAUUCAGCUCAGGAAUCGCUGAUACACUGAAGAUCAUCUUGGUCGACGUUUCAAACGCAAGAGAAGAGAUAAAUCCAGCCUCUUCAUUUUCUCUGACUUUUCCUGAAGAAUCCGAAAAGGACGUUUUCCUUCGGCCCUUUGGGGCCUCACACUUUUGCACACAUGCCAACUCACACUUGGGAGGGGGGGCAACAUGGUGUGUGGGGAGGCCUUCCGCCUUCUUAACCUUCUGUACAUUUUGGGAAAGGAAAAGAAAAGUAUUUGGUUUUCCCCUUUGGGACGGCACUUCCGUCUCCCUCUAAAUUUUUCAGUGUUAGGGGAGGAGCAAAAGGGGGGGGGAAUGCCUCUAUUUUUCCCUCCGGUGCCCCACGAUCUUAAUGCCCCAUAUUGGGGAGAUGAAAUUUCAUGCUGGGGAGUCAGCUGCAGAGAGAGCUUUUCAGCUGCCAAGUCUUCCCAGCUGGGUCACUUUUUGCUAGGAAGGUCACGGCAUCAACUGUGCCGUUUCCCGCUGUGGAGCAUUUUAGGGCUAACAAUGAAUGUGAUUCUUAGAUUAUUAUCUGUAUAUAGAGAAGUCUUAUUUGGGUGCUAAGGCUCUCCAGGAGAGCAGCAGGGACUGUCUUUUCAACCGAGCCUCUUGCGUGGCGGCUGGGCCACGACGCAAGGAGCCACAAGACCCCCCACGACCCUCAGUUCUUCCCGUUUCUCCUCUGUCCUUGGUGCUCGAGCAGAGAGAGACUGCUAUUUAUAUCUCGUUAAUGUUUAAUUUUAUGGGUGUGAUUUUCAGGCACGGGGAGGGGGGGUGGGAACAGCGUGUCAUUUCAUGAACCAGAGUUUGUGGAUUUAAAUAAAAAUUAGAAUUAAUUAUCGAUGAAACAA